AUGCAAUUAAAACAAAAUCGAUCAGCAUGGCAAGCAUGGGAAUCUGUCACUAUUAUUCCAUGUCUUACAAAAGAUCGACUUUCUAUUCAUUUACUUCAUCGUCAAGCAUGUCUUAAUAGUCAAAAUAUGUAUGUCGAUCCUAAUUUAAAAUUAGAAGUUCUUACUCGAUAUGCUCAUUUACAACGAGGAACAUGUUGUGGUAAUCAAUGUCGUCAUUGCCCAUACGGUCAUAUGAAUGUUGAAAUUAAUCUUACACGACCUCGAAAGAUAUUCAAUACAUCUUAUUAUGAAUGA